GAUUCAUGCGGAAGUCUCCAAGUCUUUAAAAUUGUCAAUUUCAACUAUAAGUCCUAUGCGCUUAUUAAUGUCUUGUUCAGUUGUUUAGAACCAAUUGGAGUAUAAAAGUAAUUCCAAACGUGCGCUCACUCAACCAGUGCUCGCCGGCCGGCAACGAACUUCCAUACUUGCUAGGUGAUUUUUAAAAAAAUAUAGAUUGAGAAAUGGGGAACAAGAGAGUGAUGUUACCGGCGAGUGAAGUUGACUUGACGGCGGUGACGUACAUACCAGAGAAUAUUCAAGCUCCACAUUUGACUGGUUUCUGGUUGAAGUUGUUUGUGAAGUUCGUUGAAGCACCGGGUGUUGGAUCUUUGAUCAUGAAUCACCUUAAGAAUGAAAACAAAAUUGACGAGAAGCUGAAGUACACCGUCAUACCGGAGGGUCCUAUGUUUAAACCUGAAUUUCCUCCUCAAGAGCCAGAACCUGCUGUUGUAAGCCUGGAAGAAGACGUGAGGCCUGAAGACCGGGUUGGGCUAGCCUUGAAGUAUCUUCCAGAAUAUGAUCCGGCUAGCAAUUGGAGUGGUGAUUCAAGUGCACCAUUCCGCUAUUGGAAAAUUCGUGAUUAUGCAUAUGCAUACAGAUCUAAGUUUACAACUCCAUCUAUGGUUGCAGAGCGCUUCAUCUCAGCCAUUGAGGAGUUCAAUAGUAAGAAUCCUGCAGCACCACUAUUAAUUUCUUUUGACCCUGAUGAAUUAAGAAAGCAAGCUGCUGCUUCUACACAAAGAUUUGAACAAGGAAACCCAUUGUCAAUAUUGGAUGGGACCUUCAUGGCAAUUAAAGAUGACAUAGAUUGCUAUCCUCAUCCUUCAAAGGGAGCAACUACAUGGAUGCAUGAGGUUCGUGAGGUAACGAAGGAUGCUGUUUCUGUUUCAAGAUUACGAAGUUGUGGCGCAAUUUUGGUUGGAAAGGCAAACAUGCAUGAGUUGGGCUUGGGCACCACUGGAAACAAUGCAAACUAUGGGACUACACGAAAUCCACAUGAUCCAGAGAGGUAUACAGGAGGGUCUUCCUCAGGCCCUGCAGCUAUUGUGGCUUCGGGACUGUGUUCUGCAGCUUUAGGGACAGAUGGAGGAGGUUCAGUUCGGAUUCCUUCUUCCCUUUGUGGUGUUGUAGGUUUGAAGUCAACAUAUGGUCGAACUGACAUGACAGGGUCAUUAUGUGAUGAUGGAACGGUAGAAAUAAUUGGACCAAUAGCCACAACAGUUGAGGACACCAUACUUGUGUAUGCAGCAAUUUUGGGGCCCUCUCCUGCUGAUAGAAUCUCUUUGAGACCGGUAAGGUUGGAAACCACCAAAGAAUGCUCCCUCCCUUGUGUACCUAAUUUCCCCUCACGAGAGAGCUCGCGAUCUCUGGAAUCACUGCGCCUUGGAAAAUAUACAGAGUGGUUUAAUGAUGUCUUCUCAACUGAUAUAUCUGACAAGUGUGAGAAUGUUCUCAGUCAACUAUCAGAAAAGCAUGGAUGCAAAACUGUAGAGAUUGUAAUACCAGAGUUGCAUGAGAUGCGCAUUGCUCAUAUUGUUUCUAUUGGGUCUGAGUCAUUGUGCUCACUGAAUCCAGACUGUGGUGACGGGAGAGGAGCAAGAUUGACAUAUGAUACUCGUACAAAUCUGGCAUUUUUUCGUUCAUUUACUGCAGCAGAUUAUGUUGCUGCUCAGCGGCUUAGGCGGAGGUUAAUGUAUUUCCAUAUGGAGAUUUUCAAGAAGGUGGAUAUCAUUGUGACACCUACAACUGGCAUGACAGCACCCAGAAUUCCACCAACUGCUCUUAAAGUUGGGGAGACUGAUUUGCAAGUUUCAGGAAAUCUUAUGCGGUUUAUUAUAACCGCAAAUCUUCUGGGACUUCCUGCUGUUACUGUCCCUGUUGGUUAUGACAAGCAAGGGCUUCCCAUAGGUAUGCAACUCAUUGGCCGACCCUGGUGUGAAGCUUCCAUUUUGCGCUUAGCUGCUGCAAUUGAGGAAACUUGUGCUGAGCCCAAGAAGAAGCCACUGCAAUAUUAUGACAUUUUGAAAGGGAACUAGAAAUCAAGCUUACUUACGUACAUGGGAGCCCUGGGUAAACGGUAAGGUUGGUUAUUUGGCAUCGAUGGUGUCAACCAUUCAUUUUGAAUCUUUAAACAGGUCUUUUGAUGAAAACUUUACAUGGUAAAGCAGAGAUGUUCUAUGUAUUAAUAUUCAUAGCUUUACUUUAAACGAAUGACGUUUUACAACUACAGUUCACUCUUUCAAUCAUCUCUCCUCUUUUGCUCCCUUUCAGAAA